ACCAUGACGGGCAAAACCCAGACCAGCAACGUCACCAAUAAGAAUGACCCCAAGUCCAUCAACUCCCGCGUUUUCAUCGGCAAUCUCAACACAGCCAUUGUCAAGAAGGUUGACAUCGAAGCCAUUUUCUCCAAGUACGGGAAAAUAGUGGGCUGCUCCGUGCACAAGGGGUACGCGUUUGUGCAGUACCUGAGCGAGCGGCACGCGCGAGCCGCGGUGGCCGGGGAGAACGCCAGGGUCCUCGCGGGCCAGCCCCUGGAUAUCAACAUGGCAGGGGAACCCAAACCCUACAGACCGAAGCCCGGAAGCAAGCGGCCGCUUUCUGCACUCUACAGACUCGAGUCAAAGGAGCCUUUCCUGUCUGUUGGUGGCUACGUCUUUGACUAUGACUACUACAGAGGUGAUUUCUACAGCCGGCUCUUCGACUACCACGGCCGUGUGCCUCCACCUCCCCGCGCUGUCAUCCCACUGAAGCGCCCCAGGGUGGCUGUUGCGACCACUCGCCGGGGAAAAGGAGUCUUUUCCUCGAAAGGGGGAUCGAGGUCGACCGUCAGUGGGUCCUCUUCUUCGGGCUCAAAAUUGAAAUCAGACGAGUUACAGACAAUCAAGAAAGAACUCACCCAGAUCAAAACGAAGAUUGACUCCCUGCUAGGGCGCCUGGAGAAGAUGGAGAAGCAGCAGAAAGGAGAGGGAGAAGCGCAGAAGAAGCAGCUGGAAGAGAACAUAGAGCUGACCCAAGAGGAGUGCGUGUCGGAGACCGCAGACCACUCUGCAGAGGAGCCCGCGGAAGGGGGCCCGGACGCGGACGGGGAGGAGCUGGCCGACGGCGCGGAGGAGGACUUCGAUGAAGACGGGGGUCACGAGCUGUUUCUACAGAUAAAGUGAUCUGAAUUAUGAAUGAUGCCACCAAACAGAAAAGCGAAGCUCCAACAACCCCCAGAAAUGUGACAGGAGGUUCCUUCCUGGGGAGCAGCAUCUUUGGUCUUAUUUAUAUAAAACUCAAAUAAAUAAAAUGGACAGUAUUGUUCAAUCUUAGAAGUUCCAUUUCUUCUAUGUUCUGAGCUGUAUGAUUGUCAGAUUUUUAUGGUUUAGACUGUAAAUGUGUUUCCAUUGCUAAUUAUGUUUGGGGUUUGUUUUUUUGUUUUGUUUUGGUCUUAAAAGUCUUAAAAUGUGAAGGAUAUUAUGAAUGGAAAGGGAGACACUAUAUACAAAUGUAUAUUUGUAAAAGCUAUUUUUAUGAUUAGCAUGUUUGACCAUUGAUCGUCUAUCCAGUCGGGUGAUACUGCAAUUCUACGUUUAAAGCUUAUUUCCGACAAUGUUAUGUAAGAAAAGAUACAUCAUAUGCUAGUUUUUUGUAAUUUAUUUUUAAUUUAUGGUUGAAGUACUUCAGCUCACAAGGAUAAAACACUGGAAAAGGCUGCCUGUCUGCCUCUCUGAGCACUCUGUGUUAAUAAAGAACGCAGCACUUCAGGUGUGAUGCGCGCAUGGGAAGGACUGCGGGUUUGACCUGUGAUUAAACUCAGCCUCCUCGCCGCUGCUGGGCCGAAGGAACGACCCAGUGAUCGCCCCGUACUCCGGGGGUGGGGCCCGGCAGGCUCAGAACAGUGCAGGUGGGAACCAGGAAAGGGUUGUCCUGUCUCUGGAUCCAGAUGUUGAAAGGGGUGCGGACAUCGUGCAUCUCCUGCGCCUGAGACCCCUUCCCCAGCACCGCCCCUGUUCCCAGAGUUCUCAGCUGUCGUCUUGUGCCGUGGAAAUGGAAGACCCCAGCU